AAUAUCGAGUCAUACUCGACGUUACACCUCCUGCUUACGACUGUGAAACAACAAGUGUACGCUAUAUGUAGUGAUCCGACUCGAUUGGGAGGUGGCUAUCCUCGUUAAAAUCUCUAGUCUAGGAGCUCAGACAAAAGUUCAGGUCACCCGGCUCUCAUACCACCUGAGAACCGCUCGACUUUCCAACAUGGUCGUCACGAACCAGCUUCCAGACCUUCCAACUACGAACCCGAACACGAUCAACAUCGUCCGUACAUCAGACUUUGUUCAACACGUACGCCCACCUCCUCCAGGAGUCCCAUUGGAUCAGUACACCGCGGUCGGGAGCACGAGAAACGACUGCGUGUUGUCGGGGCUCGUCAUCGUUCACCUUAGCAAACCGAAACGAGCUCGAUACCUCCAGGUCGAACAUAUCACUACGGCCAGAUUACCCGCCUCGUUGAAGCAGCUGGAAGACCCGUCAAGCUUCAAGGGUUGGGGGAAUCGAGAGGUCAACAGGACGGCUCAGUGUGGCCCACAAUGGCGAGACGUUGUCCUUCAUCGCAACGUGAUGGAGUUGUCUGGCACGGGCGACGAAGGCAUCCUCGUCGAUGCAGGUCCACAAAUGUUCGAAUACUGUUUCAUCGUACCCUCAAACCUGGCGGGGACGGAUCGGACCCGUUUCGGUCGAGUGUUUCAUCACAUCGAGGCUAGGCUGGUCGGAGGCGCCGAGACGUCGAGUCUGCCGUUCGCUAGGAAGAACGACUCGUCAUCUCAGAACCGCUUGGUCCCGGUCAGGACCUUGUCACCGCUUGCAGAUACGCAGAUGCCGUCUCAGUUCCAGGAUGCGUCUCUGGACCAUCGACUUGCCAAGACUACCUGGCUCAAGGGCAACAUGACGGUUUCAUCCGAGAUCCUCCUGAUCACCUUAUGGACGGCGGACAACAGUCCUCUCCCCCUCGAUUUGAACGUAAACAAGACACUGGACGGCCUUGGUACCGUCUCCUGGGGCGCUCACACCGAUGCCUUUACUGUCGGCGGGGAAGUCACCGUACAUUGCACGUUGAACAACCCUUACCCUUUGGCGUCCGUCUGGGCCAUCCGCUUCCACAUCAACCAGGUCGUCACCAUCGCCCCUAUCGACCCGAAAGAGAAAGCCUCGCCUCAUCCGCCGCUGGUCGAUCGUUUCUUGAUACACGCCAAGGGGAGGUUACCAUCCCAAGAAGAAAUUCGCUGUCGAACGGCCGAACCACUGUGGGAUGGCGGGGCGGUCCCCGGUCCUGAGCAUCUGAAAGAUAUCGCAGGGAUGGAGGUGGAUGAAUAUACACGAAUGGCUGAUGAGACAAAGUUGAGGCCGACCACUUGUCCCGGAACGGUGACACCGAUACGAGUCGCCCACGAACUGAGCAUACAGAUCUUCUUCAGCGUAUGGGGCGAAGAAGGGAACGGGAGACAGAUGCCGCAGGACGGUCCUGGAGAGCUCAGAAAGGCCGUCCUUACAUACAACGUCACCUUGUCUUCGUGCACAUGUACCCCGGAGAACCUCGCUCUGCCGCCUUAUGAAGCGGAAGCAGAACGACGUAGCAAGAUGUCGAGCGGAUGGGUACACGAUAAUUGCGCUUGUUCCAGACCGCUGCGACCCCGUCCCGAGCGGGUGCGCGCUAUGCCUGCUCCUCCUAUACAGGCGGACAAAGUCGUAUAGACAGAGAUUGGGAUUGAAGUUUCACCAGCGGUGCGCAGGCGUUAGGCAUUUGCAUUGGCGGGCCAUUGUAUAGCGUUUCAUAUCGAAAGC